AUGUCGAACCAGCACACUCAGAAGACCUACACCCUCAACACCGGCGACAAGAUCCCCGCCGUCGGUCUGGGCACAUGGCAGUCCAAGCCCAAUGAGGUCCGCGUGGCCGUGAGAGAUGCUCUUCUCGCCGGAUACCGUCACAUCGAUACUGCCCUCGCCUACGGCAACGAGGCCGAGGUUGGUGCCGGUAUCAAGGACUCCGGCGUCCCCCGCGACCAGAUCUGGCUCACCACCAAGCUGGACAACCCCUGGCACGCUCGCGUGCCCGAGGGCAUUGAGUCUUCGCUCAAGGAUCUCGGCACCGACUACGUCGACCUCUACCUCGUCCACUGGCCCAGCUCCACCGACCCCAACGACCUGUCCAAGCACCUGCCCGACUGGGACUUCAUCAAGACCUGGCAGGAGAUGCAGAAGCUCCCUGCCACUGGCAAGGUGCGCAACAUCGGUGUCUCCAACUUCGGCAUCCAGAACUUGGAGAAGCUUCUCAACCACCCCACCACCAAGAUCGUCCCCGCCGUCAACCAGAUUGAGCUGCACCCCAACAACCCCUCCCCCAAGCUGGUUGCCUACAACACCUCCAAGGGCAUCCACUCCACUGGUUACUCUUGCCUCGGUUCCACCGACUCUCCUCUUUACAAGGACCCCACCCUUCUCAAGAUCGCUGAGAACAAGGGCAAGACCCCUCAGCAGGUUCUCCUCGUCUGGGGUGUGACCAAGGGCUGGAGUGUUAUCCCCAAGUCCGUCAACAAGGCUCGUAUUGAGGGUAACUUCGACAUCAACGGCUGGUCCUUGACUGAUGACGAGGUCAACCAGCUCGACAACCUGAAGGACCGCUUCAAGGUCUGUGGUGACGCCUGGUUGCCCAUCAAGGUCUUCUUCGGUGACGAUGAGUAA